AUGAACACAUUAACUGUUCCGCCCGGCGUCAAGUUCCGACCCACAAGUCAAGCAAUUCUUAUCAAAUAUCUUAAACCUAUCGUUUUUGGUGAUUUAGAUAAACUACCUCCAAGCAAUAAUAUACGUGAAGUGGAUAUCUAUAGUUGUCAUCCAUCGGAGUUAUUUCAAGACUUGCAACACAACGAUAACGAAUAUAAAAUCGAACGUUAUUUUUAUACUACAUUGAAGAAAGUUAGUGAGAAAGAUAGCAAGAAUGGAAGAAAUUACGCAAGAAUUGUUGAAAAAAUUGGAAAGUGGCAUGGUGAGUAUACCAAGACAAUUCUUGAUGAUCAUGGUGAAGUUAUAGGGUAUGAUAAAUAUUUCAAGUUUGUAUCAGAAACAAAAGAUGAUAAUAAGACGGAAGAAUGGAAUAUGCAUGAGUAUUCUUUAAAACAAGAACUUAUACCAGAGUGUGUUGAUGAAGUAAAGAAGAAUUUAGUGGUAUGUAAGAUUGUCAAGAUAGUGAAGGCUAAUCGCAUAGUCAAAAACAAAAAUAGAGUGUUGAUUCGUUUAAAACAAGAACCUCGUUCUUGUCAUGGUAGUAAUAGUAAUAACUUUGACUUGAAUAAUCCACCGGCACCGGAUAUUUGA